AAAAAAUGGCGAUGGUAGAAGUAUGAAGCGGACGCUUGACAAGACGACGAGAAGGCAACACGUCAACAUCCAACACGGCUCCGUCCCCCAGGUGGACAGACGGGCAGAAGGGACGGUGAGGUGGAUGGAGGACGAAGAUCUUACAGAGCGGGAGUUGAGGUGAGAAUGUUUGAGGACGUCUUUGAAGCUUCUCGCGGUGUGGAGUCUCUGGCGCCUGCGUCGAGUGCUGCGGCUGUGCUUUGGGAGCCGAGCGGCGGCGGCGGCGGCAAAUCGGCGGAGGAGGACGACAGGGCAGAGUCCAGCAAUCUCAGUGUGGGACAGUUUGUGCUCUGCCAUUGGUCAGAUGGACUCUACUACCUUGGCAAGAUACUGAGGCUCAGCCCACCAAGACACAGCUGCUUCGUCACCUUUGAGGACAACUCCAAGUUUUGGGUCCUAUGGAAGGACAUUCAGCAUGCUGGUGUGCCGGGGGAGGAACCUCGCUGCUCGGUAUGUCAAGAGACGGGGCCAAGCUCUGCCAGUCAAUUAAACAAAAUCCUCAUUUGUGGAAAGUGUGGCAUAGGGUUCCACCAGCAGUGUCAUGUUCCUGCUGUCGAGGGCAACAGUGACAUAAGUCCCUGGUUCUGUCGACGUUGCGUCUUUGCCCUGGCUGUCAGGAAAGGGGGUGCUCUGAAAAAGGGGCCCCUGGCUAAUGCUCUGUUAGCCAUGAAGCAGGUUUUGUCGUACGAUCUGAACGCUCUGGAAUGGGACUCUCAGCAUCGGACCAAUCAGCAGCAGACUUACUGCUACUGUGGAGGCCCCGGAGAGUGGUAUCUGAAGAUGCUUCAGUGUUUCCAAUGUGAGCAGUGGUUCCACGAGGCGUGCACACAGUGUCUGCAGGAGAGCAUGAUGUUUGGAGACAGGUUCUACUUGUUUGUGUGUUGCGUGUGCAACAACGGCUCGGAGCACGUCCGGCGUUUGUGUCUUCGCUGGGUGGACGUGGUCCACUUGGUUCUCUACAACCUAUCGCUCAGCAGCAAGAAAAAGUACUUUGAGCUGGAAGAAAUCCUGUCUUUUGUCACUGCGCACUGGGAACAAUUACAGCUGGGAAAGUUGGCAAACACUCCUCCGGCAGACAGGGGGCAGCACCUGCUCGACGCCCUCAACAAGUACAAGAGCAAGUUUUUGUGCGGGAAAGAGAUCAAAAAGAGGAAGUGCAUUUUUCGUCUUCGGACGCGGGUUCCUCCCACGCCGCCCUUAAAACUUUUCCCUGAGCGCGCUCACUGUGAAGGGGGGCGGGGCUGUAAGAAGGCCAUCGGCCGGAUCAGCGCUUCAUCAGAGAGGAGGAAGAGGAAGUCCAAGUGGUUGUUUGAAGAUGCCAUCCCUAGUAACGAUCAUCACCACAUGGCCACCAUCUUCGACUUCACCCUGGACGAACUGCACGAACUCAGGAGCCGGACGUCAAGCGUCGAUCAGGACUCCACAGACGUUUCCACAUCGGGUUCUGUUACCACCAGCCACUCCAAUCAGCCAACCAGACGAAAGGUCGGCAGCAUGAAGAGGAAGUUGCCGAGCUCCGCCUACAAGCAUCGGGGCGAUCGCAUCCAGGCGGGGUCAGAGGAGCCUUCCGGAAGCACCGUGACAGGCGCGUAUCCGGCCGACUCCCCCGCGGCGUCGGGCAGACCGACGGGCGGCAACGAGCGGUGCCACGUGCUUGCGCGUCGCGUCACGGCAGAUGGCGCCCUGCAGUAUCUGUUGCAGUGGGACAGCGCCGCACCUUACUAGAGGCAAGGCGAGGACACGGCACCGUCUCCGCCUCGGUCACGCGGUGUGCACGCUAAAGCCCCGUUUAUCGCACGGGAUACGUUUCAGAUCCUCACCUGCACCCGGGGAAAAUGGCCAUGAUAGAGAGGCCAAAGAAACGGUUUGGCCCCUGCCACUUGCUUUAAACACUUUGAAAUUGAUCAAAGCACACACCGACUUCCUAAAAGGCUCUUAUCUUCUUCAAAGAUUUUUGAAGUAUUCCGUAGCGCCUGUUCUCAAUGGCUGGCUCAGAUUUGCCUGUAUACUGUAAAACGUAAAAGGCAUCCGAAUAGACGGUUGCAGUCGUCACCCGCUAUGUCGCGCUUCGCUUUUUGCGCUCGUACUCUUGCAUAUUUCUUUUUGCAUUGCGCGUUUUCACUGUCGCGGGAUUUUGCGCUGAUCAUUUUUCCACACGGACUAAAUGUUACUGGAGACUCGUGUGGUAAAAAGCGCGAACCAGGAGGGAAGAGUGCGUGAAGCACAGAAAAGGUCAAAGUUUGCGAUCGUUUCACAAUUAGAAAAUAAAGUGAAACGUGUCGACUGCAAAGCACAACCAGCUUCCAUGACGCAAAUGCACAUCUACGCUAAAGUUAGCUCAUUUAAUAUAGCCUAGCACCGUUAGAACCAAUUGUAAUCCCUCAAGUCAAGUAAAUCAAACUGAGGCCAGGGGGCCAAAUUUGGCCCAGGAUGUAAUUAUAUUUGGCCCGCAAGACCAUAUUAAAUGUGUAUUAGAGCAGCUGGCCCGCCAGUAUAUAGCACAUGCACCACUAAUCAGAAUCAGAAUCAUCUUUAUUUGCCAAAUUAUGUCCAAAAAACACACAAGGAAUUUGUCUUGGGUAGUUGGAGCCGCUCUAGUACGACAACAGACAGUCAAUUGACGGAGAACACUUUGGAGACAGAAAGACAUUGACAAAAAAACAGUCAAUAAAGGGUUGCUAGUUAUCUGGUAAUGCCGGUAAAUUAUUAUUUUUUUUUUGACAAAAAGAUGCAGAGUCCUCUAGCACUUAGAGCAGUUCGAAAGACUAAUAUUGCAAUAGUCCAUUGUGCAAGGGGUGCCGAUUCUUCAAGUGAGUAGUGCGAUAAUCUGGGCCAAUGUUGAUUGUGCAAAUGUUGCAGAUACUCCUCAAUCAGUGUGCAAAUGGAGCAGAUGCUACUCUGGCAUGAGUGGUCAGUAUUGGUCAACAACACAUAUGCAAAUAGUGCUGCGUGGCGAGACUGCACGAGUAAUAUAUAAUUGGCCCCACAGAAAUGUGACAACAAACUCAAGUAAAAAAAAAAAAAAUAUUACAAAUCCCAGAAUGCUUUGCUAGUGUGUCGGCCCAUCGGUCUCGACCGGCGAGCGCAACCUUCCCUUUCUGUUGCAGUCAUUAGCAACUAUGCUACCGGUCUCCUCGAGCAAAUUGACACUUCCCCUUCCCAAAAGUGGCCAAACGAAAGAUGGAAAACGGUUGACUUCCAAGACGGGCGGGAGACAGAUGUUCUGUUCACUAAAGUCAAAGACAGACCGUGUUGUCGUGUGCGGAGCAACGUGGCUGUCACAAAGAAUAGAAAGAACAUCAUUGAAUUCGUGUUUUUUUAAUGCCCUUUAUCAACUCCUAGACAGGGACUGUUAAUAGUUUGAGGUUUGGAUUUUUAUUGAAGGACAUUCUUAUUUUUUUGGGUUGUUUUGUUGUUGGCCUUUGAAAAAAGAGUUGGUAGUUGGAGAUGGAUAAAUAGAAGAUGGAGACAGAAUUCAUGUUAUCUAUUUAAAUACAAUUACCACUGAUGUCUUUUAUCGCAAAUUUUAUUUCUCGUGUUUCAUAAUGGGGCGGAACGGUGGACGACUGGUUAGAGCGUCAGCCUCACAGUUCUGAGGACCCGGGUUCGAUCCCCGGCCCCGCCUGUGUGGAGUUUGCAUGUUCUCCCCGUGCCUGCGUGGCUUUUCUCCGGGCACUCCGCUUUCCUCCCACAUCCCAAAAACAUGCAUGCUAGGUUAAUUGACAGCUCUAAAUUGCCCGUAGGUGUGAAUGUGAGUGCGAAUGAUUAUUUGUUUGUAUGUGCCCUGCGAUUGGCUGGCAACCGGUUCAGGGUGUACCCCGCCUCCUGCCCGAUGAUAGCUGGGAUAGGCUCCAGCACGCCCGCGACCCUAGUGAGGAGAAGCGGCUCAGAAAAUGGAUGGAUGGAUGGUGUUUAGAAUGUUAAAGUUUGUUUAUUCCAGAUUCAGUGUUUAAGCAAAAUUUAAGUUUGUUGUCAAUGAUAAACUUUAACGCUACUUUUCUGCAGAAAAGGGAAACAUGCUCAUCGCAGUGAUUUUUCAUUCAAUUUUGAGUUUGGCCCGAGACGUUGUCCCAAUUUUUUAUUUUGGCCCACUGUGAAUUUGAGUUUGACACCCCUGCCUCAAGUGGUCAAGGAUAGAGCGCAGAUAGAGUGCAGGUGCACUAAAAAUUGCCUUCGGGGAAAGAAAAACGAACAAAACAAACAAGCACAUUCGUACAGCGGAUACGAACGACCUGCAGACUGGCUAACCUUAGCUAACGACAGCCAACGCUACACUCUCAUUGGCUGACUCUCACGUCACUCACCAGGCCCUCUCACGUCACUCGCCUUUUAAAGCCCCAUACGUUCAAAGUGACAGAUACUACACUGUACAACGUGACGAUGGCGACUGCUGACAGAGGAGCCAGCCUCUUGGCGUUGUGAACCAAAGAGAACUCCGAAAAAACCUGAAGCGGAGACUCUGCGUUGUGUGUCACUUUCACUUUGGCACAACAAUAAAGUAUUGGGAAUGUGAAACGUACGCAAAACGACUGCCAUCCAUUAGCUGCGGGCGGAUGGCAGCCAUACAUUGGACACGCCCACAUUACACAGCUGAAUCAACUCCAACAUUAAGUUUGUUAAUUGUACAAAAUAAUAAAGAGUAAACAUUGAAUGAUCGGGAGCACAAACUCAACAGCGACCCCAAGUGGACAAAAUAAUACCUGCACCUCACAUGCAUAUUUUGUAUAAUAAUAUGCAUAAAGCUUUCAAAUAUAUAUGAAUAUCGAAAUAAAUAUAUGGUCGCUACUUGGCUGAUUUUGUUUUGACGUUUUGUGGAAUGUAACCUCGCCAUAAACGAGGGACUACUCAAGUGUGCGUGUGUGUUCAUUCCGUGGCGGCAAUUGGUUGUGAAUAAAGGACGUCUUAAAAAUGUGCAGGCGAACGCUUGCCCGACACCACGUGACCCUCGUGAACGAACGUUGCGGCUGGCCGAGUCCCAGAAUGCUCGGCGCUCUCGCUCACAUGAUCUAUGCAAAGACACGCCAUUGGUGAGCACCUCUGACAUCAUCGUCAAUCAUCAGAUCAUAUUCAAGCGUCUCGCAGACGUUAAACGGAAAUUGUGUUGGCAUGGUAACAGCGGUCUCAUGGACCUGUUUGACAGGCGUGCGCUCAUUGUUUGACCAAUC